UCGAGGGCUUCCCUUGCCCGGGCUGGCAGAGUGAAAAUGGCGGACCUGCAUUCUAACGUGCUGUAGGUGUGCUGUCUUUAAUACAAGGGGAAUCAAACAGUGGAUGUCGUAGUUAGUUGUCAGACACGGAGGAGCCUGUUCGCGGUUCAUGCCACACAUUCCCGGGCUCCAGACUAAGCUGCGGACCGAGAACCUCCACAGACGAAGCUGCUUUCUGCUUCUACCGCACGGGGGGUAAUUGAUAACGAAAGGACCAGUACAACGUCACACAAAACUGUCACAUCUUCAAAGAUGUCUGACUAUCUAGUCAGAGGGUUCAGGGCCCAGCUAAACACAGCCUUGGAGUCAGUCCUGAGGAGGGCUGUGUGUGAGAUAAUGAUGAUCUUUGAGGGCAGCUUACAUGACCAUCAAACGGAGCUGGCGAAUAAAGGCGAGGAGGUGGCUCAUCUCAAAAUAAAGUUACAGACUGCAGAGAUCAAGCUGAAGGAACAUGAGUUUGGAGGUGACAGUGGAGCAGAUAUAAAUAAAACUCGGACAAAUGGAAGAGAAAGCAAUCAAAGAGAGCCUGAGGCUGUUGUGAACCUCUGUGGACAAACUGCUGAUGUUCCUGAGAUUGAUAUUGAAGUGCCUGACGACUGGUGUGCUCCCCUGGGCGAUGAGGCCACGACCAAGCGAGAUGAUGCGUGUCCCAGUGUCCGACUUCGCAAGCUGUUGAUUCCGCUGCACCGGAUUCCAGUCAUCAAGCAAGAGGUGGUGAUCGGCGCCACUGACUCCCACCAGCAACCCCGCGGUGUCAGGAGAUCCUUGAGAUGUUCCACGAUAAACAAGCAAACUCAAACACUAAUAUUACCAGUGUACAAACAAGAAAUGCAACAUAAAACAGAAAGAAGCCACGAGACGAAAUUGCCCCAAGAUGUCAACCAAGAAAAUUAUGACCAAACAGCAAGUAUAGGUCUGAGAAGAGAAGAAAGACAAAAAUGCACAGUGAUGAGCAGCCGAGAGGAGAGAGAAAGCACAACUGAGACCACAGAACAGGAGACGGUGGAAAAUGGUAAGACGAUCUACACCUGCAAAGUCUGUCAGAAGGAGUUUAAUAGAGAAUAUAGCCUACGUAUACACGCACGAUCACACACGAGAUGCAAAGGAUGCCAAAGGGAUGUCCCGCCACGUGAUCUCAUGUCUCAUAAUAGACAUUGCAAAAAACUGAAGAAACUGUCGGCAAGAGAAGCAGAUGAAAACCUGAUGUUGAUGACCAAGAAAGACGGGCGCACUCAAAGGUACAGCUGUCCAUACUGCACAAUAACGUCUCCUUCGAGAGGCAAGUUCCUCCAUCACAUGCACCUUCAUUUGCGCGUAAAACCAUUCGCUUGUAGUGUGUGCCAGAAGAACUACUGCAAUAAUCAGUCACUCGAAAAGCACAUGUUAAUACACCAGGACAAAAGGAAGUCAGCUGAGACAAACGGAGACAUGACGUGGACCAUGCCUCUAGAAGACACCGAAGAGGCUUCGGUUUCUCCCAGCAAAGACUCGAGUAGCACCAUCAGCAGUAACAAUGUUGAGAGAGGGCCCAGUCAAGGCGAUAAAGCCGAGUCGCAAAUGGAAAACAAUGGGUGUACAAACGACUGAGGGUUUCACCUGCUUGGAGUGUAAGAAGUUAACACAAAACAAAUGCCUGUUGAACACUAUCGCAUCCACACAGGAGAGAGGCCCCUCAUCUGUAGGGGGUGUUCUGCAAUUAUACUGUCACAAAAAAACGUGAAUGCUAUUAUACGACACCAAUCCAGAGCAAGAAGGUAUUUCCAGAAGAGCAGGAUAUACAAAGCAUUGUGUGAGGGAUUGGCCAAAUGUCUGCAAGGUUUGCGGAGACGGCUUCUUCAGUUAAGGGCGCCUCAGAAACCACAUGGCGGAUUGCCACAGCAAAGCCAGUUAGAACAGUCGGAUUGUGGCCAAUGAAUAAUGAGAUGUUGUCACUUGUGUUACUAUCCCUUUUAGCUGUUCAGUUUUGGGCAUAAUCGGGUGUAUCUUAAGAUGAUUUUUAUAUCCACAUUCGUAUUCUCCAUUUCUGUCAUUUACUGUAAAACCUGUGAUAAAACAAUACUGUGCUAUCAUCUGUGUUUGCAACUAGCUUGUCAUCAAGAUAUAGUUUUGAUGGCAAUUUAAAAAACCUUACUUUAUUGAAAAGUUCACCAAUGACGUUAAAACCGGUUUGUAUAUUGGUGGGUGUUGGACAAAUCUUGAAAGCUUAAAAUGUACUUGUAUGUUGUGAUGGAGACAAAUGAUUGCUGUAAAUUGAAAGCAUUCAGAGAACAUUGUAAAUGAAAUGUGUGUUUUUGACAAAUUUAAUGAAAACCAAUAUUGCCUUAAAGCAGAGCUACACGUUGACUACAUUAUUGGCUGCAACGGUCGAGUAUAUUUUUAAACAGCCACCUUGGUAGAAGCUGCAUGGAUAAUUGCCUUGUCUAUGUAUUUACUGUGAGUACAUAUUAAGUCACCUGUAUGUAUUUAUCUACUGUUUUCUUAAAGUACAGUUUAGUUGUUUUAUUUAAUUUAAAUAAUUGUUUUGUCAUUUCUACAGGUUUUAGCAGAAUUAGAGAAACGACAUCACUGACUGAGUCACCUCAGAGUGAGAGAUGAUGUCCUUGAUUGGAGACUCUAUGUAACUAGUUAUCUUGUCUCUCCUGUUACUCAACAGAUAUAAUAUUUCACUGUUGUGGAUUCAGAGUUUGGUUGUUUGACUUAAGAAACAACAUGGACACAAUUUCCCAUAAAUAGCCGUUGGUAUUAUUAUUAUUUGUUAUUGUCCCAGUAGUAGUUGUUGUCUAAGGAACCUAUUGUUCUAUUUUACCUGAAAGGGGGGGAAGGGGGUCAUUAUAGUGUUGCUACAUUAAUGUGUUGUCAACAUUACCCCAAUAAAACCCAUAUAUAUAUAUA